AUGGCGACAAACGUGAGUAACUCCCAGCCAACUCUGGCAUUCCCCAGUGUUGAUAGUAAACUAUCCGCUCUGGAAAAUGUCAUAACGCCUGGGAGAUUCUUAGCGGAAAACAUUGGAAAAGAAGUCGUCGUCAGGCUUAAAGACGGCCGGGAAUAUACCGGGACGCUCAUAUCGUAUGACAGCUAUUACAAUUUGAGGCUCAAAAACUGCAUAGAGAAGUCCAGAGAGGGCAAGUGCGCUUUGUCGUCGUUAAAGGACAUGUUUAUACGGUGCACCAGCGUGCACCUGGUUUAUACAACCUCUCCAAGGACGAAUAGUGUGUAG